CUCUUCUGCUGUGCUACUCCAUCUGGGAAGCGGAUUUGAUUUAUUUAUCAGUAUACUAAUGGCUGCUUCUCAAUAAGUAUUAUUUCAAUUAAAUAAUCAAUUUGAAUCUUAUAUUGGUAAGAAAAAAACGUUAUGUGGUGUGUGAACUCAUUCUGUUUGUUAUCUUUCAAAGAAAUGAUUUAAUUGGUAGUGUAAGUGAUAAAGAAAAUGUGGAUACCGACCAAAACUAAGAAAUAUGGAGUGGCAAUUUACAAUUGGAAUGGAGAGAAACGGUUUGGACUACCCUUGGAGAUUGGAGAUACUGUUCAUAUUUUGGAGGAAUGCACAGGAUGGUACAGGGGUUUCGUGACAAAAAAUCGUUCAAUAAAGGGUAUAUUUCCCAGUAACUAUAUUUUCCUGAAGCCUUGCAAAGUUGAAAAUGAAGGAUUGUACGAAAGUGUAACAUCAUUGGAAGACCCUGUCGUGCGAGAAGUCACUUUAGUUCUAAGAGAAUGGAGCGUCAUCUGGAAGUCUCUCUUCGUGGAGAGAAUGAAAAAGAACUUCGACACUCUGCGCAAUGUGAUGGGCGAAUUGGUGGAAUGGAGGAGGCAGCUGUUGCUGGGCACAUUGACGCAGGAUCAGAUUCGAGAGUUGAAAAUGAAAAUCACCGGCAAAAUCGACUGGGGAAAUCGAAGUCUAGGAUUAGACCUGGUGCCAAGAUGUGGAGCAGAUAUGGUGGACCCAAGUACCAUGAGUAUAGUAGACCUCUACCAUGUGCAUGUUCACAGUGCGGAAAGUUCCUUGGGUGCAUCUUCACGUGGUACCAUGAGACGAAAAGAAGGCGGGAAAUUCCUGACUCAUCACCUGUACCUUUGCAUGAGGGAUUUCGGUCAUCAUGUGGGGGAAGACACCGAGAUAUUUUUCUCCCUAUACGAUGCCAAAAAGAGUGUCUUCAUAAGUGAACGUUUCCUAGUGCGGAUAUCCAAAGAAGGAUUCUCCAACUACGUUGAGAAGCUCAAUAGUAACUGCACUAUUUUCACAGACCUGGGUAACGGCGAUCUGACGUCGGAGCUCUACGUGGUGGCCCAUGUGCUGCGAUUGGGCCGCAUGCUGUUCUCGGACUCUAGCAAGCGGUCGCUGACUGGGGGCGGUGGAGGCGGCGGGGCUAGUGGGGGAAGCAGUCAUAGUGCCACCUUCAAGCGGCCGCAUGGGGUGGGGGUGCUCUGCAUAGGCCAGAUGCUCUAUCCCACCGAUGAAGAGAGGGAGUUUCCGUUCAGGAUUUACCAGGGAGAGGAUAAAGACUUCUAUCAGCUUCACGAAUUUAUUAUCAAGAAACAAUCGAAUAAAUUCAGUCCGUUGUCAGGGCAGCCAAAUUAUGGUAUUGUUAUGUCCUUGAAGCUAUUACACGGUGAAUUAUCACAAGUUCGUGAGGAGAAUCCGUUAUUGUUCAAAAAUAUCUCGUUGACUAGAAAACUUGGAUUCGCUGAUGUUAUUAUGCCGGGUGAUAUUAGGAAUGAUCUGUACAUAACUUUAGAGAAGGGAGAAUUCGAGCGUGGAGGCAAGUCAAGUGCUCGAAACAUUGAAGUUACCAUUUUAGCUUUGGACUCUGAAGGCAAAACCCUACCGGACCUUUGGGGUGCUUCUGGCAUGGAGGGGGCGUGCGAAUACCGAUCGAUGAUAAUCUACCACAACAACUCGCCAUGCUGGUAUGAAACGAUAAGACUGUCUGCUCCCACCGACAAAUACCUGGGAGGCCACAUACGACUCGAGUUCUCUCACUGUUCCGCUCGAGAGAAAACGGAUAACAAGAAACUGUUUGCGUUCUCUUUUGUUCACCUCAUGGAGCCUGGAGGUGCUACUCUAUUGGACGGUGUACACGAGUUGUUCGUGUACCGGUGUGAUGAGAAGACUCGCCUUCAUCCGAGCCAGUACCUGGGUCUACCAGCCAGCGGGAGGGAAGCCCAGAACAAGCCCGAUCUCUCCAGCAACAGCUCACAGUUCACUAGGAGUCACAAGGAGAUUGUCACCAUCAGAACUAUGCUGUGCUCAACCAAGUUAACUCAGAAUGUUGACCUGCUAUCUCUACUGCAGUGGAAAUCGCACCCGGAGAAAAUCUCGGAAGCUCUGACGCAUGCGCUAAGACUGAACGGUGAAGAACUAGUCAAAUUCUUGCAGGAUGUCCUCGAUGCCCUCUUCUCCAUGUUCUCAACUGAGGACGGCAACUCUACCGCUCAUUCUGGGCUCGUCUUUCAUGUUUUAGUCAGUAUUUUAAACUUGCUCAACAACAGUAAAUUCGAGCACUUCAAGCCCGUGAUGGAUGCCUACAUUAAAGAUCAUUUUGCAGCUGCUCUAGUUUACAAGGGCCUAAUCAGCAGCAUACAGCACUGCGCCGACUGGGUGAGUGCUACUGAGAAGCAGGAACCGAUCCAGAAGUGCUUCCGGUCGCUGGAGUACAUCUUCAAGUUCAUCAUUGAGUCCCGACUGCUGUUCGCCAGAGCAACCGGCGGACAAUUCGAAGACAGCUUCCGCAGGGACUUGUACAUAGUCCUCACGGCACUCAGCAAUAUGCUCACCCACACCAAUGAGGUCAUCCUACCCACCCAAAUAGCGUUACUACAUAGUAUCAGUGCAGUGUACGAUCAACUCACUCAGGUUCUCUCUCUGCUCGAAGUGGCCAAACUAGCGUCGACCAUGCUGGAAAGUCUACCAACCCGAGAUCUGCCUCCCCAGCUGAUUCAGGCAAAGCUCAAGGCUAUCAGCAAUCUCGUCACUGGCGAACUCUUCAAAGAUGAUGAAUCACGCAGUCUACUGUUACUAACAUGCUGUAAGCAUCUGCGCAUGCAUUUGAGUAGACGCGAUGAGUUGAGGCUGUGCACCGAAAUUCUUGGCGAAGUCAUCUCAUUCAUUUUCAAACAGCAACAGGCUUCAGGGAAGAUAAACAACUGUCUGCAUCAUGAUCUAGAAAUAAUUUGUCUGAAUACGCUGGAUAUGCUGAUACAGACUGUGCUUAUCUUGAUCGAUAGGUCAGCAGCAGUGCUGGGCAGCCUAGUUGCUUGUCUAAUAGGGCAGCUGCAACUGCUGGACGAAGGCCACUAUCAGCGUCUGUGGGAGGAGCUGCGCGACCGGAAGCCACUCAAAGACUUCCUGCUGCGCGCGUUCCUGGUGCUGCGCGACCUGCUCAAACAGGAUGUGUUUCCGGUGGACUGGUUCGUGAUGAAGGCGGCCGCCAAUGCUGUCGUUCUGGCCGCACUCAAGGAGCUCGCACAACCGCUUGUCUUCUGCUUCCUCGAGUCGCGCUGUCAGUUCGAUCAUCAGGUGUGGAGCAAUUAUUUCACUUUGGCAGUUGCGUUUCUCACCCAACCUUCGCUGCAGUUGGAGAAGUUCAGUGAUGUGAAGAGAGAGAAGGUGAUAGCCAAGUAUGGAGACAUGCGUGUCUUGAUGGGAUUCCAGAUUCUAUCGGUCUGGUCCAAGCUAGGAGAGCAUAAAGUGAACUUUAUCCCGUCUAUGGUGGGGCCUUUCCUCGAGGUUACCCUCGUUCCUGAGCCGGAGCUGAGAAAAGCGACUCUGCACAUAUUUUUCGAUAUGAUGGAUUGCGAGCAGAGAAUACACGGAAAUUUCGAUCAGGUGGAAUCUGAACUAAUCGAUAAACUAGAUAUUUUAGUCAGCGAAAAUAAAGGAGAUGAUGAAUACAGGCAGCUAUUCAACACAAUGGAACACCUCAGUACUGUUCUUCUAGAUCGUGUGCAAAGUGAAGAUCCAGCGUGGAAGGAAAAUGGCUCAGCUUUCAUCAGCUCAGUUACUAGAUUACUCGAAAGACUUCUGGAUUACCGCAGUGUCAUACAAGGAGAUGAGAAUAGGGAUAAAAGGAUGUCUUGUACUUUCAACCUCCUGAACUUCUACAAGAACGAAAUCAACCGCAAAGAAAUGUAUCUGCGCUACAUUUUCAAGCUCCACGCACUGCACAUCUCGGCCGACAACUUCACUGAGGCCGGCUUCACACUGAAGCUGUACGCCGAUUCGCUCAGCUGGUCUGGGACCUCACCGCUCCUCAACGACCCUGAGGCACCUCAAGGUCAACCCGAAUGGCAACGCAAAGAGGUGCUGUUCCACCUGAUUGUCAAGUACUUCGACAGAGGCAAGUGCUGGGAAAACGGAAUUCCUUUGCUGAAAGAGCUGGCAGAACUGUAUGAGAAGAGGUUGUACGAUUACGCCAAGCUGGGUGUGGCUCUACAGACGCAGGCACGCUUUUAUGACAACAUCCUGCAUCAACUGAGGCCUGAGCCGGAGUACUUCCGGGUUGGGUUCUAUGGACUCAGUUUCCCCAUGUUUUUGAGGAACAAGGUGUUCAUCUACAGAGGCCUUGAAUACGAGCGGGUGGAGACAUUCACACAACGGAUGCAAAUGGAAUUCCCAUUGGCGCAAAUCCUCACCAAAAACACACCACCGACUCACACCGAACUCCAUUCCAACGUGCAGUACAUACAGAUUUGCAACGUCAAACCACUACCAGAAAGUGGUCCACCUUGUGUCGAGGGAGCACCUUCUAUAGCUUCUGUGCCACACAAAAUCGCAAGGUUCUAUCAGGUGAACCAGGUCUCGAGAUUCCAGCUGGAUCGACCCAACCACAAGCCACCGAUUGAUAAGGAUAACGAGUUCAAGAGUAUGUGGUUGGAGAGGACUCUGUUGGUUACAUCUGACUCCUUGCCAGGGAUUUUGAGAUGGUUUGAAGUGGUGCAGAUGACUGUGGAAGAGGUGCCUCCAGUUCAGUUCGCCUGUGAAACAAUGCAGAAUGUCAACUCGGAUCUAAGUCAGCUGAUUGCUGCAUACACUUUGGAUCCGAAACGUAGUAUAAACAUGUUGAGUAUGCGGCUUUCAGGAACUCUGGAUGCGAAUGUGAUGGGAGGCAUCGCCAAGUACCAGGAAGCGUUCUUCUCAGCCGACUACAUCAGGAACCAUCCUCAGUACACGUCACAUGUGCAUAGGUUGCACUCGUUGAUCCUGGAGCAGGUGGAGAUCCUGGAGAGUGGUCUGGUGGUGCAUGGUCAGCUGGCACCGCCCGAUGUGCAGCCUCUCCACAAGAGACUUCUGGACCGACUGGACAGGCUGCGGCAUUCCCUGAAGCGCCCAGCUGACAGCAUUGUGCACUCGCCGCUCCCCCCACUGCCUGUGGAUCAUCGGCAACAGGUGGCACAGAAACCUGUGCCCAAUGAGGAGUACUGCAACACAGUGUCUGGCGUUUACGGACAUCUGGCUGCAUGUGAGACUGGUGAUGACAUCUACAGCAAGCCCAUGGAGAUCCUGGAGACAAUGGAUGCCAACGAUGGUGCCUCUCCACCGCCGGCAAUACCUCAACGACCCAAAUCCUCCAAUUAUGGGGUGGCGGAGGUUGAGGGGGAGGGUGGAAAUGUGAGACGGCACCAAAGAACCCUCAGCAGAGGUCACCAGCGGAUGUCAUCAAACGACCGGGAACUGAUUUUGGAAGGGGGUUUGAGUGGUGAGGAAGCUCCUCCCCUUCCCCCUCGUGCCCCGGACAAACGCAACAGCGGCGAGGUCCCCCCCGCGCCUCCUAAACGCCUCCCAGGGCGCAAAGACUCGGAGCCGGCUGACUCUUCACUGACCACCCUGAUGAGGGACUCGGGCUACUCGGAGCAACUGAACAACCUCUCGGGGUACGAGGAGUGGGUGCUGCCUCCAGCCGUCUCCCCCCGCUCCACUGCACCCCCUGCUCCCCCACCCAUCCCCCCCAAGUCUGGUGCCCCGGGACAAAACCCCGACGAGGAGAACGGGGAGCCCAACAUUCCUCCUCCCCAUCCGGAGAACUAUUCUGUGCCAAGGAUUAUGAAUAUUUUGGAUUGAGAAUGUUGUAACCUAGUAAUAUUAAGGUGAGUUCUAGCAUAGAGAAAAGAUAUUACAAGAAGAUAUCUCGUGGUAUAGGGCGUUUAUGUCCAAAUUUCACUGUUAACUCAAGCCGAUAGUUCUAGUAGCUUAGUUAUUUUUCGUGACGCUGGUAGU